CCGGCCCAGAGCGCGGAGCUCCGCCGCGUCCCGAGCAACGCCGCCCGGCCCAGAGCGCGGAGCGGGCCGCAGCCGCAGGCGAGCGAGGACGAGAAUCCCAUCCAUGUCCUGAGCCGCCCCCGCUCCGGGGCGCAUCUCCGGGCCCCGCUGGAGGAACCGCGCCGGGAGCGGCUCGGCCGCGGGGGCACCACGCACGGCGGGGGAGCGGCGGGGAACAUCGUCCUCCUCCCGCUGCUGUUGCUGGAGAGGAACCGUGCGCUUCGUGCUGGCUGAGGCUUGCUUGCUGCAGGCAAAAUGAUGCAAAAUGUGCAUCUGGCUCCUGAGAAUACUGAAGAUGAUYUAUAUUCUGGCUACAAUGAUUACAACCCCAUGUUUGACACAGAGGAUUUAGAAAAUGAUGCAGCUUUUCAACAGGCAGCAAGAACAAGUCAUGGAAGAAGACCCCCUGUGACAGCCAAAAUUCCUGGUACAUCAAGUCCAAGACCUCUAGCUACUGGAUUUGGGUCGAAGGCGACUUUACCUUCAUCUAUGGGAAGACCCAUGACAGGAAGUAUACAGGAUGGGGUUUCUCGACCAAUGACAGCUGUGCAAGCUGCAGGUUACACUAAGGCAGCUGUGAGAGGUUCUUCAUUUGAUCCUCUUGGCCAAGCAAGAGGUCCUGCUUCACCUCUGGAAAAGAAAACUUCAGACAGUUUAGAAGAGAAGAUGAGGCAGUUGGAAAAAAAAGUGAAUGAACUGGUUGAAGAAAGCUGUAUUGCCAAUAGCACUGGAGCCUUCAAAUUGGCUCUGGAGAAAGCAAAAGAGGCUGGAAGACAGGAAAGAGAAUUGUUGAGACAACGUGAACAAAUUGCUCCUCCAGAAAAUAUCAACUUAGACCUCACUUACGCAGUUCUUCUCAAUCUGGCCAGUCAGUAUGUUGCUAAUGAAAUGUAUGCUGAAGCACUGACUACUUACCAAGUUAUAGUGAAGAAUAAGAUGUUCAGCAAUGGAGGUAUACUGAAGGUAAAUAUGGGAAAUAUAUAUUUGAAACAACGUAACUAUUCCAAAGCUAUCAAAUUCUACCGUAUGGCUCUAGACCAGAUUACUAGUUCCCACAAACAGAUGAGGAUAAAAAUAAUGGAAAAUAUUGGAGUUGCAUUUAUCAAAACUGGCCAAUAUGUUGAUGCCAUUUCUUCAUUUGAAGAAAUAAUGAGCAUAUCCCCAAACCUGAAGGCAGGCUUCAACCUGAUCCUAUGUUACCUUGCUAUUGGAAAUGGUGAGCAAAUGAAGAAAGCCUUCAAAAACCUGAUUGAAGUUCCCUUGGAAGUGGAUUAUGAGGAAAAAUAUAUUUCAUUAAAUGAUGAUCUACAUACGAAUCUACUGAUUGAAGCCAUUAAAAAUGACAGCUUAAGUCAAAUAGAACGUGAGAGGAAGGCCUUGGCAGAAGAAUACAUCAUGACAGCUGCUAAACUCAUUGCACCAGCAAUCGAGACAUCUUUUGCAGUAGGCUAUGACUGGUGUGUUGAUGUGGUGAAAUCUUCCCACUAUGUAGAAUUAGCCAAUGAUCUGGAAAUAAAUAAAGCCACUACUUACUUGAGGCAACAGAAUUUUAACCAGGCACUGGAGACUUUGAAAAUGUUUGAAAAAAAGGAUAGCAGAGUAAAGAGUGCAGCUGCAACAAACCUUUCAUUCCUUUAUUAUUUGGGGAAUGAAUUGGAACAAGCAACUAACUAUGCAGAUUUAGCUGUAAAUUCUGAUAGGUAUAAUCCAGCAGCUCUAACUAACAAAGGAAAUACUGUUUUGGCAAAUGGAGACCAUGAAAAAGCAGCUGAAUUUUAUAAGGAAGCUCUCAGGAAUGAUUCCUUAUGCACUGAAGCACUUUAUAAUCUUGGUUUAGUGUACAAGAAGUUAAACAAGAUAGAUGAAGCUUUGGAUUGUUUUCUGAAACUCCAUGCAAUCCUUCCAAAUAGUGCCCAAGUCCUUUACCAGAUAGCAAGCAUAUAUGAGAUCAUGGAAGAUCCCAAUCAAGCCAUAGAGUGGCUUCUGCAGUUGAUCAGUGUAGUGCCAACUGAUCCACAUGUACUUUCAAAGCUAGGGAAUUUAUAUGAUACUGAAGGUGAUAAAUCCCAAGCUUUUCAUUAUUACUGUGAGUCAUACCGGUAUUUCCCUUCAAACAUUGAGGUCAUUGAAUGGCUUGGAGCRUAUUACAUUGACACCCAGUUCUGUGAAAAAGCCAUUGAAUACUUUGAAAGAGCAGCACUUAUCCUGCCAACACAAGUGAAGUGGCAGCUGAUGGUUGCCAGUUGCUACAGGAGGAGUGGUAACUACCAGAAAGCACUGGAGAAAUACAAAGUCAUUCACAGAAAAUUCCCAGAGAAUGUUGAAUGCCUCCGAUUCUUAGUUCGUCUCUGCACAGACAUGGGGCUGAAAGAAGUCCAGGAAUAUAUAACAAAGCUCAAGAAAGCAGAAAAAUUAAAAGAAAUGAGAGAGCAGCGCAUUAAAUCAGSCAAAGAUGGCAAUGCACGCAGCCGCAGAGAAGGAAGCGGUGAUGGGGUGAGAGCAGCAGGGAAUGAUAGUGGUGGUACCAAAGGGGAAAGACUGAGUGCCAAACUAAGAACUCUGCCUGGAACAAAUGAACCGUAUGAAAGUAGCAGCAAUAAAGAAAUAGAUGCCUCCUACGCAGAUCCACUUGGCUCACAACCAGAAAGACCAAAAACAGCAGCAAGAAAAAGAAUGGAGGAAGAUGAAUUUGCUGAUGAAGAACUAGGAGAGGAUCUGCUUCCAGAAUAGCAUAUGGGCUACUCAUCAUUUUUUUAAUAGUUGUAAAAGUUUUAGCUGAAAAGAAUUUUCAUUCAUGAUGUUUUUGUAGUGGAUUUUUAGAACCUAUUUGUGAAAUAUCUUGAACACRUGGUACCUUAUAUUAAAAACAUGGAUUUGUAA